AAAUGUUUCCAUCCAACACCAAACAUUUGAGAAAGUAUUUAACUGACAAGGACAGAGUAAAGGACUUCAGUCGUUUUGAAAUUUGCCCUUUGUUUUUUGCUGUUCUUGCAAACGUGUUACGUACAUAAAAUGUGGACUCUAGAAAUUUUAUUUACUGUUUCAUUAAGGAAACGGACGUCCAAGUGCCAAGUGGGAAUUGCAGAUUAAGAUUCAAAUAUCAUCUUUAACAGCAGGCAGCGGUUUCUGAGAAAAGACCACAAAAAGCUACAAACAUUUGUGAAGAGAGCUCAGACAUGGGGGUUCCUUUAAAGCUCUUCAGUUUCGCUUUUGGGAUUUUUUACUUAACCUUUGCACAAGGUCAAGAAUGUCUUCCACCUGCAAGUGACAUUCAAUUGGAAGACACAGAACCACUUGACCAACGUUCUUACAAUGAUGGGGAAACAGUGAAAGUCAAUUGCAUUACAGGUUUCACUGGCAUGUAUAAAUUUAAGUGUGAAAAAGGGAAGUGGGAGAAGAUAGUUGAUCGAAAAUGCACAAAAAAAAAAUGUGGACAUCCAGGCGACACACCAAAUGGCGAUUUUAGUCUUUUAGGAGGGAACACAGAGUUUGUUUUUGGUGCAACAGUGCAAUAUACUUGCAACAAAGGGUACGAAAUGGCAAGUAGAAUAAAUAAGCGGACAUGCAGAAGCAAUGGGUGGGAUAAUGCUGUUCCUGCUUGUGAUAUGGUGAAAUGCCCCACAAUUCACACAGAAGAGGAUGUGAUUGCAACAGGCAACACAGAAGAAGGAAGUUAUGGUGAUGUUAUUCAGUUUGACUGCAAGUCUCCUGAAAAAAGUAUAGAUGGAAGUAGUGACAUUUACUGCAUGGAGACUGGCGAGUGGAGUGCAUCUGUUCCAAAGUGUAAAGAGAUAUCAUGCAAACCGCCUAACAUACGACAUGGGACUAUUAAGCAGAGGAAAGAGUACAAGAAAGAUGACACAUUACAAUAUGAUUGUGCUCCAAAAUAUAGACCCAGACAAGGAACUCCUAAGUGCACUAAACAUGGCUGGACUCUGGAGGCAGAAUGUGAAGAUAUUACUUGUGAACUUAAGGAAACCAAAUUUGGAAUAGAAAAAAUUGUGCCAGAGGGAAAAAAAAUUUUUAGAGUUGGAGAAACUGUGCACAUUACCUGCUCUGAAAGAUACUGGAUCCUUUUUACAAAAGAAACCAUCAAAUCAUUUAAAUGCCUAGAUGAUGGGCGAUGGGAUCACACACCUGUUUGUGAGGCGAUUACAUGUGAAAUGCCACGUGACCAUCGUCUUCAUGAUGCGUGGUAUUAUUUUUCUGGAAAUAUGAGAUUGGAUGUAAGAAAAGCUUACUAUUGUUUGUCUGAUUAUCGUAAAAUGGCAAGUGAGGCCACAUGUACAAAAGAUGGUUGGAAACCUGAUCCACUGUGUGAUGACUAUAUGUGUGAAGCACCAAAUAUACCAAAUGCUCAGUUUAAAGAACAAACUAGAACUCGCUACGAAAUGUAUUCACGUGUGGUAUAUUAUUGUCAUACUAAACCCCAGCAACCCAUAGAAAUCAUCUGUAAUUCCCAGGGCAAAUGGACAAACAUACAGCCCUGUACUGAAAAGAAAGAAUCUUGCACUACACCAACUGUAAUAAAUGGAUACAUAGACAGAAACCCCUCCAAAGAGGAAAUAAUCUAUUAUGCAUGCAAUCCGGAUUAUAAACCAUACUUCGGGAACUGGUGGGGAGCAGCAACAUGCACCAAUGGGAACUGGAUUAAAGAGCCACGAUGCAUCAGGGUGGAUGAAUGCGGUGCUUUGCCCAGCAUUCAAGAUGGACAGCUGAACAAUCACAGCGAACAAUCUGUUGUACAGCUUAAAUGUGAUCCAGGGUUCAAACCAUCACACACAGAUAUCAGAUGUGUCAAUGGUACAUGGCAGACACCAACCUGUGAAUUGGACGAGCAGAGUUGUGACAUUCCUCCUAAAGUUGAUAAUGCACUCAUCAUCUCUAAACCUCAGACAGUGUAUUCAUCUGGAUCCUAUGUAAAUUACAAAUGUCGAACACAUUUCACAAUGAAUGGGAAUAGUAAAGUUGAAUGCCACAAUGCAAAGUGGGAGAAAGCACCCACAUGUGAAGCUUUUUGUUUAAAGCCUCUUCGGAUAGUGAACAAUGCUAGACUGAUUGAUAAAAUCCAAGGUGAGAGAAAAUAUUCACAUGGAGACAUAGCCCACUACGAGUGUUUUAAGGAUUAUGAAUCUAAUGGAGAGACCAUUGCUAAGUGUGAUGUACAAACCUGGAUUUACCCAGAAUGCAUUAAAACAGCUCAGUGUACCAAACCAAUAAACUUGCAGUUUGUGACCCUGUUAGAUCAGAAAAAUUCAUUCAACAACUUUGAAGUUUUAAAAUACAAGUGUGAUAAACCGUAUGAUAAAAUACCAAACGGAGCUUUGAUUUGUAAAGAUGGAAAAUGGAACGGCACAUUUGACUGCACAAGCAGCAUUUGUCCUCCACCACCUGUGGUUGAAAAUGGAGACUUUAACGUUGUGUGGAAGAUAGGUGAAGUUAUCACAAAGGUAUCGUACUCUUGCAACUCUUAUUAUGUUGUGGACAAGCAAAAGAGUGAUUACAGUUGUCAGAAUGGGAAAUGGGAGACCCCUCCAAAAUGUCUGAAGCCUUGCAAAAUCACACCUGAAAUUUAUCAGGAGUACAAUAUAAAACGCUUAUUUGAUUCCUACAUUAAGCACAGUACUGAAGAAGUUUAUCUUGAUUGUAAUGAUGGAUGGAAUGUUGGAGGUACAAUCAUCAACAGACCAUCAUAUUCAAAAGCAUGGUGUAAUGAUGGUGAGCUAAGAAUUGAAAAGAAAUGUAGAGAAAAAAACUACUUGGGAUAAAAUAAACCAAAGAGGAAUCACUGAGCUGAUGUGUGGUUGGCGUACUGGCGCAAUAUGGCUGCCAUCGCAUCAUCCAGGUGGAUGCUCACAUUGGUGGUGGUUGAGAAGAUUCCCCUUUCAUAUGUAAAGCGCUUUAAGUGCUGCAGAAAAGCACUAAAUGUAAUGAAUUAUUAUUAUUAUAUAUUUUUUUAUAAAAAUGUGCCCUCAUAAACUUUAAUCAAAAUCUGAAAAUGUAAUUCUGCCCCCUUGUGGCGAUCAUUCUCUGAUGACGUCACCUAGACAGCUUGGGCGGGAACAUUCUUUAACUUCGCCCCCUCCAACUGUCAGUCUGCUGCCAGCUAUAAAUGAAACGCCUAUUUUUUUAUAUUCAAUCAAAGCACAGUGGAAAAACCAUGCCCACAAUUUUCCUCAAGUAAAAUUCUGUUUUACUCGGAAAUACGUCCACAACACGGAAGUAGGGUCGAUCACGACUUCCGGUUCACAGGGACUUUAAACAUUUUCCUCAGUUUCAGUAUUCAUCUCUAUUAAGCUGUUAUAUUUAUGAUGUAUGUUUAUCUCCUGUGUUCAGACCUAAAGAUCUAUGAUGUAUUCAGAGAAAAUGAAGAUGGACAGACACACAAUGUUCCUUCAGU